UACUGCGGGCGGCAGCGACGGCGGCGCGCGCGCCGAGGGGCUACGCGGUGGGACCGGCGCUUGCUGCGUGCCGCUGGGCCUGGCGCCGCCGCCGCCGCCAUGUGGAGCGGGCAGGGUAGCUUCGAGGGCAACUACGGCAGCGUGGGCGGCGCGGGGCCCGCAGGCGGCUACAUGCAGUCCCCGGGAGGCUUCGGCUCCCCCGCCGGGACCCAGGCUGAGAAGAAGCAGCGAGCCCGCUCGCAGAACAUCGUGCCCUGCACCGUGUCGCAGCUGCUGGCGGCCGAGCAGCUCGACGAAACCUUCAGGAUCCGCGACGUGGAGAUCUCGCAGGUCACUAUUAUGGGGAUAAUCCGGCACGCGGAGAAGGCGCCGACAAACAUCCUCUACAAAGUGGACGACAUGACGGCGGCGCCCAUGGAUGUCAGGCAGUGGGUUGAUACGGACGAGGCAGGUAGUGAGAAUGUUGUGGUACCUCCAGGAACUUAUGUAAAAGUAGCUGGUCAUCUUCGAUCUUUCCAGAAUAAGAAGAGCUUGGUGGCAUUUAAGAUCAUGCCUCUAGAAAAUAUGAAUGAAUUUACCACACACAUACUAGAAAUCGUCAAUGCACAUAUGAUCCUCAGAAAAAAUCUUAUGUCAGCAUCAAGAAUGCCUCAUUCCCUUUCCUCUGCUGGGAUAGGUGACAUGGGGAGCUAUGGAGGAGGUGGCAGCCUGCCAGUGAAUGGACUCACAGCACAUCAGAGUCAGGUGUUGAACUUGAUUAAGAACUGCCCUGUUGCAGAAGGUAUGAGUCUUCAAGAGCUCAAAUUUCAACUCCACAAUAUCAGUAUGGCAACAAUCAAGCAAGCAGUUGAAUUCCUUAGCAGUGAGGGACAUAUCUAUUCCACUGUGGAUGAUGAUCACUAUAAGUCUACAGAUGCUGAGUGAAGCUAUUUCCACCUGGAUUUGGUUCUAAACAGAUGCCUGCCUGUGCUUCAAGUUACCCUGCCAAGCUUUGUGGUGUGGAAGGUGAUCUUUGGUCUUUCUAGCCCUUGAAAGUCACAGUUACUCCGUGAGUUUGUACUUUGCUGGAUUCAAGGACAAGCAAAAUGUACAGAAUUAGGACUCACUAUGCUGUGGCCGGGUGAUUGAAAACAGAAAUAGAUAUGGAAAAACUGAACUCUUGAAGACUUCAGAGCCUUCCACUUGUUUUUUUUACAUUUCCUAGUAGAGUGCUUGGGUAUGAAAGGAGAACUUUCUAAUUUUGUCAUGAGUAGGUCAUCCUUUCCAGAGUAGUUUCUCCUAACUCAGCUCUCAUUCCAUUUCAUUCACAAAAUGGGUAGCCAAGAGCAAUGUACAGUAAUCAAGACUAGAUUUUUAAUGAGUUUAGUCUGUGCAUUUAAACCUAUAUUUGUACUACAAGAGAAUCUUGUUACUGAAGCUUUUGAAUAUUUCCAAUAAAAUUUUAACUUAGUCUUGCAUGUA